GAUGUGUCUCUGCGCUCACAGGCAGGAGGUGUGGGUCUCUUGUCUCCACUGUUUUGCAUCUAUUCGGAGGGAAGAAGCGAUAGGCUAGGCUGUCUUUGGAUGCGAACGUGCAAUCAUGUCACGAGCGCUGGACUUUGUGAGCAGAGCAUCUGAAUAAUCCAUACUGGCGAUAAGCAGACUCCAGAGGAAUAAAGCAAUGGGUGGCCAGAUAACGCGAAAUGCCUUUUACGAGCCAGAAAGUCAUCUGUCUACCAAACACCACAAAUAUUGGACUAGUUUUCUCCCGCCUAUAAAAUCCUCUUUGCAUGGUAAACCACUUAGCUGAUGACUGAUUCCCUUGGUGGCCCAUUUCCAUCCACGUCACACCGAUGUCACCACAAACCCAAGAGGUGUCUGCCCAUUCAGUGUGGCAGCGUUGGCGGGCAAAUUCCCAUCAGUCCGCUUCUUUUUCAUCCGAACGCCAAGGGAUCACAGAUUGUCAUGGACCUCACCCAGAAGAGCGUCAAGAGACAGGCCAGUUUCUGCAACGCCAUCACCUUCUGCAACAGGCCCAUUGCGCUGUAUGAGCAAGUCCGCCUCAAGAUCACUAAAAAGCAGUGCUGUUGGAGUGGGGCUCUACGACUGGGCUUCACCUCUAAAGACCCCUCAAGGAUAAACCCUGACAACCUUCCUAAAUACGCCUGCCCCGACCUGGUAUCACAGAGCGGCUUCUGGGCCAAAGCGCUGCCUGAGGAGUUUGCCAACGAGGGCAACAUCAUCGCCUUUUGGGUUGACAAGAAGGGCAGAGUCUUCUACCGCAUUAAUGAAUCCAGUCCCAUGCUGUUCUUCAGUGGAGUCCGCACAGCUGAGCCCCUCUGGGCACUCAUUGAUGUUUACGGUCUGACCCGCGGGGUACAGCUGCUAGACAGUGAGAUUGUUCCUCCAGACUGCCUGCGCCCACGCUCCUUCACCACUGUGCGCUCGUCCUCCCUGCGGCGUGAAGCCGAUGACUCCCGCCUGUCUGUCAGCCUCUGUGACCUAAACCUACAGCAGGAGGACGGACGUCCGCCCCACAAUCACGCCCACCGCCACACCCUCCACCUGGCCUCAGCCUCCUCCUCCUCCACCUGCCCCAUACCGCAGAACUCUCUCAACUCCCAGCAGUCCUCUCUGCUGCCUUCCGCUCUGGAGAGCGACCUUCACUUCCACCAGCUGCGCGGCGCCCACAUUAAGACGCUGGAUGAGCAGACGGUGGCUCGCUCUGAGCACGCACGAGAGGAGCGCACCCUUGUCUUCACCAACCGUCCCCUCCGCACCGGAGAGACCGUCUUCAUCAAAGUUACCAAGUCCAGCCCGGCACGCUCAGGCUCAUUGUCUUAUGGCGUGACAUCAUGUGACCCUGCUGUGCUGCGCCCCAGCGACCUUCCCUACAACCCUGAGGCCCUGGUGGACAGGAAGGAGUUCUGGGCGGUGUGCCGGGUGCCCACGCCUCUCCAGAGCAGCGACAUCCUGGGUUUCUUGGUCAACCAGGAGGGAGAGGUCAUCCUCAGCCACAACGGCACCAAUGUGGGCAUGCAGGUGUGUGUGGACAACUCCCGCCCACUCUGGAUGUUCUUCGGUCUGCAUGGGGCUGUGACACAGCUGAGGAUUCUGGGUUCCACUCAUCUCGGGGAUCAGCGAGCCACUUCGAACCCUGGCUCGCCCUCCUCCUCCCCUCACACCCCCAGCGCUCUGGGCAGUGGCAGCUCUGAUCCGGUGCUGAACGGAGGCCUGUGCUCGGCUGCGUACUGCAGCUCAGCAGGGGGAACCACCCCAAAUUCACCCAUCAGCCUCCCUAAGUCACCUACGUUCCCAUCAGGCCCACGGCCUUGGUCCGACGAGUGCUCUAUCUGCUACGAGAACACAGUGGACACGGUGAUCUACGCCUGCGGACACAUGUGUCUGUGCUACACCUGUGGCCUGAAACUCAAGAAGAUGUCUAACGCCUGCUGUCCCAUCUGCAGACGGCAGAUCAAAGACAUUAUCAAGACGUACCGCAGCACGUAAGAGGGCAGGACGGCUGACGGACGGACGGCCUCCCUAUGAACAGCAUAAUCCCAGAGUCAGGGAAAUUAACAGUUCAGGGAAUAUGAACUCUGGUACAUACAGUUACUGUUGUUUGAACCUUUCCAAAGCUGGUACUGCUUCAUUGGAAGGUCACUUCUCUGUAAGGAAGCAUGGGAGGUUCUUCUGAGAACUUCAUUUUUGCCAGAGGUGUUUGCUCUUUCCUGGCAUCUUGACUGACAUUGAAGGAGACAACUAAUUUGACCAUUAUGUAGUUUGUUGAGCCAUGUUGUAAGAUUUAGGGAAUGCUUCAGAGCAGAUGAGAUGCUUUGGGGCUGAAUGUCUCAACAAUAGUCUCUUAGAAGAAGCUUGGAUAUUCAACCUGGUGCAGAUUUUUCUGACAUCAAUAAAACAAGCACAUCUGCAGCAGGCUACAUCUCAGUAUGUCACAACUUAUGUCUGUGUUACUGAGACAUGAAGAGAAGAAAUCAGAAGAAGAAGAAGUGGAUUUCUGUAAUCGUUGUGGUGAUUAUCAGUGAGUGAUGUGCUUAGAGAUGCGAGACGGUGCUGAGUAAAUUAAGUAGGAUUGUAAAACCUCUUGUACUUGUAUAAUCUAAUGUACCGUAAUGGUAGUUCUAUUGCAAACGUCAGUGGUAGCUAUAUUGAUGUGCUAGCUAGCUGCUUGCUCUGCAGUGUAGUAUGUUGCACUGAAAUCAGCUUCAUCCUCUCAGAAAUGCCCCGUUACUGACAGAGGAUAAAGUAACAAACCUGCAUCCAGCUCACUCAGCAGCUCCAAAUUUCUGGAAGGAAAUAGGGAGUGAAAAAGAGUAAUUUUGAUUCUCCUCAGGGUAAGCAAUCUUUUCUAAGAACAUUUAAAUGAUUACCCCAGAUUUUACACAGGCCUAGUACACUGUGAGCACUCAUGACAAAGUGAUUCUCUCUAAAAUAGUACCCAAAAUAACACGUUACAUCAAAGGAUUGUUGCCAUUGCAUCAGGAUCAACCAGGAUACAUCACAGCCUCCUGCCUUAACCCAGAAAUGGUUCAGUUUUCACACAGAUAUUCUGUGUUCUCCAAAGCCCCUGAUAAAUUACCAAAUAAUGCUGUUGUGUGGCACAUACUGUUUACUCAGAGGAGAAAAAGCACACAAAUUAAAGAUAUUUUUGUAACACAAUUCUAUGACAUUUCCAAUGUUUAACUUUUAAAUAUUUAUAAAGUUUGUGAUGGGCCUUUCACCAGCAACAAUCCUUUCUAGAUAUCAGUUCAGGGCAAUGGUUUAAAAAGCUCAGAUUUUUAAUGUUUCUAUGAUACCCCCUUUAAUUUCAGUAUCAAAUAUCCAUACACCCACUUCUGAAAUUUUAAUUUUAAAUAGAUGCCUUAGCAGUAAGUCAUAGCUUAUCAGGCUGGUUACACAUUAGAUCCUAACUGAUUUUUAAAGUGUUAUCAACCUCAGACAUAAGACAACAGUAAUCCUACAAAUGUGCAUGCUCAACAAACACCAGACUUCACACCUGAGAUUUGCAGUAAUGAUUUUGGCAGUUCCACAGACAUGAGAUCUCACAGAAACCUGCAUGAUCAAACGUGACUUUAAAAGAAAAACAAACAUGGAGGGUGGUCUAAAUCCUCAUCUGUCCUCAUUUGCCUUUUUUUCUAGUGAAGACACUUGAGGUGAGGUGCUUUUUUAGGCCCCGUCCACACAGAGACGAAUUCAGGAGUAAACGCAAAAGUUUUUUGUCAUAUCGGCAUUUUAUCCACACGGAAACAGCGUUUUAGGUGGCCGUAAAAUGCUACUUUUUGAGUCAGGGUCCCAGAGUGGACAAAUCUGUAAACACUUACCGUUUCGUCUCCGUGUGGACAUAGUGGACACAUAGCGUAGCCCACUUACCCCGCAUGCGCAUGUCGAACAAAACAACAAUGGCGAAUUAUGGGGGUGUGUUCGUGCUGCAGAAGCUACUGAGUUUAUUAUGGCUUUUACAGCAAAAUCUAAAGCUCCUUUAUCACAACGGCGAACUGCAUACACCAUAUGUUGCGUCAGUUUUCUGUGAUCUUCUUCUCUCUUUUGGUGCAUUUCGGUGGCAGCAAUAUAGCGCCACAUACAGGCUUGGCAUAUAUACUACAGUGUUUCCAGUUGUUUUCAGUGGUUCCAUGCUUACGCGGACAUUUCCUGAAACUAUCUCUUAUUUACGGAAAACUUUUUCAAAAUAAAACAGAAAUAUAAUGUUUAUGUCUUUGUGUGGAAAAAGCCUUAGAUAUGUCGCUCAGGUAUAAGAAAAAAAGAAAAAGAGCGAAAGCCUUCACUUUAUCUCAAAAUCAGUUUUAUCUAUGACAUGUUCCUCAUUGCAUCCUUCUCGUAUCUUAAAAAUGAACCUAACAAGCUUAUGGAACAUUAUUAAUUAUUCUAACCUCAUUUUGUUGUACUAAAAUAACACCUGACUCAGAGACAAUCAACAUGCACCUGCCUUAGGCAUAUAAUUUUCAUGAUCAUGGCACAAGAACUAUUUAGCCUACAAAAUAACCUCAGAUAUUUUUGUAGUAAUCAUAAUGAUAAUUACUAACUGGACUGUAUUAAGACUUGACUUGUUCCAGCCUUAAACAUUUCCAAACAUAUUUUAGACAUCAUGCAGCAUUUAUUUACCAGUGUGAAGUGGGGAAAAAAGUCCACUGUUUGGGAUGUAAAUGACCAAAAGAGAUCCUCUUUUCUCUCCACUGCAGUCGCUCUUUAACAAACACUCACCCUGAUGUCUAACUGUAAUGAGAUGAUAAAGGGACUUAGUACCUGUAUUUGUUGACCAGUGGAUUAAACAGGCCCCUGAAGUUCAAGGUCUGACCAAGCAGAGUAUAGACAUUCUCUGCGCCACUUCAAUACAAACAUCCUGCAUCUUUAUGUCCAUUCUAAGUUAUUUAUAGCGUAACCCCUGUGAAACAAUCAGACUAGAGCAUGUUCUGCAUCACUUUUAUGCGCCUCUCUCUACUUGCAUUGCCCUGCACUGCAUUGCUCCUCCCUGUCCUGCUGCAUGUCUUUCAGUCAGUCAGUCAGAGGCAGGCUCUUGCCAUGUGCAACCAGAAGGGCCUUGGUUGGAUGAGAGCCUUUUGACCAACCAACCAACCAACCAAUCUACUGGAGCCAAUCCCAGCAGUCAUUAGACGAGAGGUUGCCAUGGGCUGACAUGUAGAGACAAAAGAAACAGACAAACUCACAUCUACGGGCAAUCUAGUGUCCUCAGGUAAGCUAAUGAGCUUGUCUUUGGACUGUGGAAGGAAACCAGAGAAUCCAGAUAGACCCCAUGCAUGCAUGGGGGAGAACACACAGACAGCCUGCUUCAAUUAGGGUUCGAAUGAGGGCUGAAUGAUCUGGGAAAAUACUGAUAAAUAUAUUGAAAUAUUAGGAUUUAAUGUGCAAUUAAUUUUAGGUUCCUCCUCUUGUCUGUUUUUCAACAAACAAUAAAUGCAAGCAAUAAAUCAUUCAAUAUUAUAACCAUUUGAAGAAUAUGAUCAUGUGUAUGCCGUUCUCCUUUAAUUAAGAUAACCGACAAAAACAAGAGAAGUUGGAUUUUCUGUUAACUUCUCUAAAUAAAUGGAAGUUUACAUUAAAAAAACUGUACCAUCUGCUAUUUGAUCCAGUGGCACAAAACCACAUCCUCACUGUCCAGCUUACCUCGUGAUCAGCUGGACAUGUUAGAUAUUUAUGAACAGGGAAAUAGUACAAUAUUUGUAUUGACCUGAGAAUUAUUCGGAGAAAUAAUCAGUUGUGGCAAGACUUUAAUCAGGCCACACUCCUCCAAUCAUUAAGAGGCAAAUCAUGCCUAAAAUCAUCUAGUGUGUCACCAGCCUUACAGGAGAUCACCCAAAAUUGAGAGGCUUUUUCGUUAAAACAAUUACCAUACUAUUUAAUUUUGUAGAUAAUCAAUAAAUGGGGCUCAAAUCUAUGCUGCUAUGGUUUUUGCCAGUUGUCCUUUUUUAGGGCAAAUGCUGACAGAGAUGUUUCACACAUCCCUCCUCCCACAUUACAGUUUGAUUAUGCUUUUGCUUGAAGUGUUGAAUCACAUUUGAAUGUCUUUAUGUAUUUGGGGAGUUUUUUUUUUUUUUUAAUCUGUGUGCUUGAAUUGAAAAACAACAAAAAAAAUGCUUUGGUCUUUUUUCAUUAUGAUUCUGAAAUUUGUUUCCUUGUUUAUCCAAAACCAUGAGAAUCUAGAUCUAUUCUUGUUUUCUAUAGAGAAUAUAGAGGGUUGCUUGUACCUAGGCGCAAUAAGAAAUAUUGCAGUACACAAUCAGAACCUCACUAAUUGGGGUGGGAGUUAUAAAAUCUUGCUUGUAUUGUCUGUAUUUCAGGUGGUUUUUUUGUUUGUUUUUAUUUGAUAAUUUAUCUUUUUGUGUGUGAGCCCUUAUUAGAGAGCCCUCCAACCCUAUUUGUAUUUAUGAUUCCUCUCAUUAUAGAGUCAGAUAGCCAUCAGUGUAUGGUAAUGAUAAAUGUCACUUUAUAAAGCUACUGAUUGUAAUCUUGUAAAUGUUAAGCCAGCGUUGCUCUGGCUGUUUUUAUUUUGUGCAGACCCUCCGACCAAAUUUGCUUUCUUUUGACUACUCUGUAUAAAUGUAACACCCUUUCUGCAAAAUCCAUUUACUCAUCUAUUAAUUUUCAGACCACUUUAAUUGGCAGACACAGUGUACAGAAUGCACUGAGCUAAAAAAGGAACCAGCAUUAGAUUAAUUAGAUGUAAAUUAUCUGCACAACCAUUUUUCUGAAAGGAUGUAACACCAUUUUUACUUUUGAUUCAAAGUUCCUUGAAUGUCACAGAUUCUGUAAUGAACUAUUUAUUUAUUCCUGCAAACCUGCUCGCCUCGAGUGUUUGCUUUCUUUCUACAUUGUGGCUAUAGGAUGCAAGUGUUCCUAGAAAAUCUUACAGCAGCACAUUUAGAGAUUCCUUCUGUAGAUUCUUGGUAAAUUUCUGUCAUGCAUGAGUUAUCUGUUCACUCUGUGUGAACACUGGGACCAACUGAAGACGAGCAUCAGAGCGGAGCACUGUCAGUGUUCAUGUAGACUGGAACCAGUGGCUAGAAAUAAAAUGUAUAUAAAGCCAUUGUUGUCAUAAAGCAGCUUAAAUACUUUGCAGGUCUGUAUUUUCCUUCUUUUUCUUUGGAAACAAGUGUUUGUGAGCUCUGUUCAGUGUGAGUCGGGCGAUUGUGCUUA